GCGGCAUUGAUUCUUUCCCCUUUUUUUGUGUCUGUACAAGUUCGGUUCUCAUGAGUAAGGUUCAGGUAGGGCGGAGCAAUGCAUGGGACAAGUUUACUUGAGAGCAGACCGUCUGGAGAAACGGAACGGGGAAACUGGUGUUACUGCUCUGACCAAAUCCUUCCUGCCUUCUAGGAAGCUCUUUGCAAAGCUCAUCAAGAUUUUGCCUCUCUUUGGGUAAACAUCACCGCUAUCUGGGACUUCUUGAUGGUUAGGAAUUUCCUCAACUGUUGCCGCCCUGAAAAUAAUAAUCACUGGCGAACCUUAAUCACAAGCCACUCUUGAGAGAGGGAGAGCGAGACAAAUGCAAGUCAGUUUGGACGUGUGGAGCGUAAAAACCUGGAUUGGACACAGUUAUCGAGUGACAGGAAACCACAAGAUCAGGAUGAUUGGAAUGUGACCCCCCUGCACACUCAUCACUGAGAAACCUUGGACUGAACUCUGACCUGCAGAUUAGCCUGUGAAGUCUCACUUUGAGUCAUGAGUUGGGGGCAAUAAGAUACAGUAGAAGUUUCACUUUUAAGCCAGAGGGAUCAUUCGCUCUGAGGAGGCGCAGGUGGAUUCAUCUCCAGAAUCUCCCAGAGAAGCUUGUGCCUGAGACGGCGCCGCAGUCAUGGGGGAGUGGAGCUACCUCGGCGGGCUCUUUGACAGCCUCCAGGCUCACUCACCGAUGCUUGGACGCUUCUGGCUCUUGAUCAUGCUCGUGUUCCGGAUCCUGAUCCUGGGAACCGUCGCCAGUGACUUGUUUGAGGACGAACAGGAGGAAUUUGCCUGCAACACCCUCCAGCCCGGCUGCAAGCAGGUGUGCUAUGACAUGGCCUUCCCCAUCUCCCAGUACAGGUUCUGGGUGUUUCACAUCGUCCUCAUCGCCACACCUUCCCUGAUUUUCCUCAUGUAUACCAUGCACCAGCACAACAAGAGGGCCGACCGCUCCAAAUUUGGCCCCGUGAGCAACCGGCAGCUGCAUCGAGAAGACCGCCGUUUAAGGAGGUUCUACAUCGUCAACGUGGCCUUUCGCAUUGUUGCCGAAGUUGGUUUUCUUGUGGGCCAGUGGCUCCUGUAUGGCUUCAAGGUGGAGGCCCAAUUCCCCUGUAGCCGCUUCCCUUGCCCGUACACCGUGGACUGCUUCACCUCCCGCCCCGCAGAGAAAACAGUCUUCCUCUGCUUCUACUUUGUUGUCGGGGUGGUGGCGGCGAUAUCCAGCUGCAUAGAGCUCUUCUACAGCUCCCUCAAGUGGUUUUGCACAAGCUGGGAGCCCAGUCCCUCGCCCACCCCGCUGGAGCGCUCCUGCGACUGCCAGAACCUGCACAACAUCAAGCAGGAGGAGGCGGAGGCACAGGACAAAGGCAAGAUGGGCCCGGAGAGCGUGAGGCUGAAGGGGGGAUCGCUGAGGAGCAGUCGCAAGUCCUCCAGCCUCGGCCACAAGACCAGGAGCGGGAAAUAUGUCAACAGCAAGACUUUCAUGGUGUGAGAGUCUCGGUUUGAACACGCCGUCAUCACACCACUGUCUCUCUUCUUUUCUUCCCUUAUUUAAAUGUAACCGUUGCACAAUGAUUUCACUGGAUUGCGUAAUCGUUUCACUCUAAAUUGAGUGGAGGAUUUGUUUGUGAUGAGAAAACCUCAUCAAGAAAGAAAAAGUAAGCACUGCACUGAAGAUAAGACUUUGUUGUCUUGUUUGUGUUGGUGAAUCAUUACAGACGUCUGAAUUACACUGAUUGCUUCUUAGUUUCAAAGAGGACAGAUUCUUAUCUCCCCAUGAAACGGAAAAUCCGCCCUAAAAUCACUUAAGUUAUUCUGGUGAUUUUUGAACACUGACGUCAAAAGUAGUUUUUUUGUAAACUAGAAAACUUUUCUAAACUUUUUUUUUUUUACGUUUGAUGAGAACAUUAAUAACCCUUGAGCUGCAGUUGCUUUCAGUUGCUUUUGUGAAAUCGGCCGUGGGGAAGAGAAAUGGGAGAGAUUCUGUUUUUUCACGCUGAUUCACCGAGGCCUUGAGUAUGUUAUUUAUCUGUGAGACCCAAUUUUUAUAAGACUGUCUUUGUUUGAUUUAUGGAACCAAUUUUAAAUAAACAAAACACCAUUUUA